UUUGCCGCAAGCGCAAGAUACUGAAUCCUCGAAGUCGAGGUACAGAAGCUGAGCCUCGAAGAAGAUACUGUUUGUGGUAUAUCCAACUUGUAUCACAGCGAAGAAUUUACAUCGAAGAGAGAGAACAAUUUGACAUACCUAUUUUCGAUGAUGUUUAAAACAUACGUCUUUUCCUUAGCUGCUUCUGAGAUGUCUCAUUCACAGCCGCGAAGAGCAUCCAUAUCGAGGCGGCCAGCCCUGAUGUAUGUGGCUGAUAUUCCCGUUCAACAACAAGGUACCUUGGAAUUCAACAAACAUCAAGUACUGUACUGCGGUUCAAAUCAUACCCUUUCCUCAAAUCAUGCCUUCGUUUUCCGGUCAAACAUCAAGUCUGCAGUAUCUCGCAAUGGAUUUGAGACAGCUCAAUGGACAAAACUUGACAGUCAUUCGAUUAUUCGAAGAUCAAUGACACAGUUCCCAGCUUGUUCCAAGGCUGGCUGCAUGUCGAGCAAUCCUGUUUCAAGAUCGGGAUCUCAAAGCUGAAUGGCAUGGAGUUCACAUCAAACCUAGUUCUGCCAAAUGCACAGACGGGUCGUUCAGUACCUUUAUCAGCACUAGAGCCUUAGCAGAGAUAUGGGCUGUCUUUAAUAUUGCAAGCUGAGCUUUGAUUGGCAAACAUAGCAAGCCUCCACCCCCACUAAGAGGAUCUUUCCCGGAAUAUCUGCAGA